GGGGAGGCGGGCGGGCGUCUGAAUGGGAACUGAGGCCUGAAAUAGGAAUUGGAGGAGUGAGUUGGAACAGGAGAGCAUUUUCCUGGGAAAGCUGACUCCCCGUCCUGCUGUUGGUGCUGCAGGUGAUCAUCUGCCCGGUGGAAGUAAAGCCAGCGGGGCCUUUCUGUCCUGGCCUCUCCUGAGUGGGAGCAAUCCUUGGAGGCAUCCAGUAUUGGAGGUGAUAUCCCCGGGCUCAGCUGAGCGUGCAUCUACUCCUAUUGACACACACGGAAGCACGGCCUGGCACGAGCAAGCUGUGCCAGCAGGAGCAUCCCAGGAGCAAAUCCAGCUCCAGGGGGGCCACACGGCCCCCGACUCCUUGUUUUGCGAUCUGGCCUGCUGCGUGCCCGCCUCUGUGUCAUCUAUGUGCCUCCGCAGCUGCGAAACGCCGCACGGGAGCAUUCGGUCCUGGAUGCAGGAAAUAUGAAUGAGUGGCAGAGAAAAAGCCCUCUAGACUGGGAAACGUAUGUGAACAAAUUGGUGAAAGUUGUUGCAGUUGAGAAACACGAAUAUGAAGGAUGGGUUUUAACAGUUGACCCAGUUUCUGCCACCAUUGUCCUCGCAACAUUCCCAGAGAACGAGAAAGGAUCCUUAUCGUUCGUCAUGGGCCACGCUGUCCAGGAGGUGCAGAUCCUGCAGGAAGGGGACAGCGACAUGAAGCAGCGCCUCGCUCGCAUCCUUGCACCCGAGGAAAGCCAAGCCUACAGCGCGGAGGAGCUGGAGGAGAGGAAGAACGCCUUGAAGACUUGGCUGGAGACAAACCACAUCCCCGUGGGCGAGCAGGGGGAGCUGGGCAGGACGCUGAGCGUGGCGGGGGUGCUGACCAUCGAGCCCCCGUACGGCCCCGAGCAGUGCAGCAGCACCAACGAGAUCAUCCUGUCCCGCGUGCAGGACCUGCUGCAGCGCUACCUGCAGCAACAGCACUGAGGGCCGCUGCAGCGCUGCCUGCAGCAACAGCGGCGCUGAAGGCCGCUGCAGCGCUGCCUGCAGCAACAGCACUGAGGGCCGCUGCAGCGCUGCCUGCAGCAACAGCACUGAGGGCCGCUGCAGCGCUGCCUGCAGCAACAGCGGCGCUGAGGGCCGCUGCAGCGCUGCCUGCAGCAACAGCACUGAGGGCCGCUGCAGCGCUGCCUGCAGCAACAGCGGCGCUGAGGGCCGCUGCAGCAACAGCACUGAGGCCUUUCGUCUCCUGGAGCGCUCCUGUUUUAGGAACCGUCCUGUUUUA